GAGAGUGCAGCCAAAAGAGCCCUCCCAACAAACCCACCGCAAGUGGGUGUGUGAUCGCUCUCGUCUUCGCUCGACUGACGGCGCGCGGCAGACGGUGACGGUGACGGGUACUCACUCACUCGUCGUCAUUCUGCUGUGUUGUUUUGCGUUGGAAACCAGCUGAAUCGAUAAUCCAAACAAAAGUACGAGUCUAGUCAUCAGGAUGUGCCGUUUUCCGUGAAAAUCGUCGAAAAAUCGGGAAAAUUUCCAUCCAGUCCAGUGAUUUCGGUGCUCAGUGGUGCAAAUCCGGCCAGAUUGAACCAUGAAUCGCAGCGCCAAGUUGAAGAACGUCGCGCAGGCCGCGAAAAACGAGUGCGUACAGGUGGUGGUGCGCUGUCGGCCGCUUAACAACAAGGAACAGGCGGGCAACUUCCAGCGGGUGGUGGAUGUCUUUCCGAGCCGGGGCGUCAUCGAGAUACUAAACUGCAAUGAGACGUCGCGGGAAAAUAAGAAAAUGUUCACCUACGAUGCGGUGUACGAUUGGAGCUCCACCCAGCAGCAGGUGUACGAUGAGGUUGUUCGCCCGCUGGUCUACUCGGUGCUGGAAGGUUUCAACGGAUGCGUCUUUGCCUACGGCCAAACUGGUACCGGUAAAACUCACACCAUGGAGGGCAUCAAGAGUGACCCCGAGCACCGUGGUAUUAUCCCGCGGGCGUUCGAACAAAUAUGGGCCCAUAUCAAUCGGUCGCAGAACAUGAACUUCCUGGUGGCCGUUUCCUAUUUGGAGAUCUACAUGGAGGAGUUGCGCGAUUUGCUGAAACCGAACUCGACCACCCCGUUGGAGCUGAGGGAGCGGGAUGGAGGCAUUGUGGUUCCUAAUUUGCACUCGGUGCUUUGCAAGAGCGUCGAGGACAUGAUCCAGGUGAUGUACAUGGGAAACAAAAAUCGCACCGUAGGGUUCACGAACAUGAACGAGCACAGUUCCCGGUCACAUGCGAUCUUUCUGAUCAAGAUCGAAAUGUGCGAGGUGGGUUCGACACUGGUAAAGGUCGGAAAGUUGAACCUGAUCGAUUUGGCUGGUAGCGAGCGUCAAUCGAAGACUGGAGCCACUGCGGAGCGUUUGAAAGAGGCUAGCAAGAUCAAUCGGGCCCUGUCGUCGCUGGGAAAUGUGAUUUCCGCAUUGGCGGAAAAGUCUCCGCACAUUCCGUAUCGUGAUUCCAAAUUGACUCGGUUGUUGCAGGACUCUCUGGGUGGCAACUCCAAAACCAUCAUGAUUGCGAAUAUUGGUCCGUCGGAAUUUAACUACAAUGAAACACUGACUACACUUAGAUAUGCCCAUCGGGCCAAGGCCAUCGAGAACAAACCGGUCAUGAACGAGGACCCGCAGGAUACAAAACUACGCGAGUACCAAGAGGAGAUUGCACGCCUACGGAAGCUUAUAACCGAGCGUCAACAUCGGGAGAAAUCCGUUCCAAAGGUUAAGAAAGUGAAACAGAAAACUAUCAAGCGUGACGAGAGUUUGGAAGAAUCUGACGAGAAAUCAGAUUCGGAAGCGGAGGAGGAAGAGGAUGAGAAGGAAAAUGAGCAGGACUUCAGCGAACUGGACGCCAAAGCGCAGGAGGCUUUACUGAAGGAACGGGAAUUGACGGCCAGCCUGGCUGGUAAAUUGCACGAACUGGAAAACCAGUUGGUCAAAGGUGGUAAAAACAUUUUGGAUACUUACACUGAACGUCAGCUCGAGCUGGAGAAAAAGAUGGCGGAGAUUGCAGAGCGAAAGAAGCGUGAGAUUGAGAUGCAACAGCAGCUGGAACUGCACGAGGAAUCUACGAUGGAGAUUCGCGAGACGUUCACGUCGCUGCAGCAGGAAGUCGAGCUGAAGACGCGCAAACUAAAGAAAUGCUACACCAAAUGUAUGGCAUUGAAGCAGGAAUUGCAGGACACCCGGGAUGAGCACAACCGAGAUCGCCGUGAGCUAGAAAUGACGCAAAACGAGCUGAUUAAGGAACUGAAACGUUUGCUGUUGAUAAUCGACAACUUCGUUCCGGCGGAGGUCAAAUCGCGGCUGUACACGCAGGCCAAGUAUGACGACGAAGCGGAGGAGUGGUACCUCAAUAGCAACAUGAUCCUGAGCAACCACCAGAUGGUGCCGCGGCCUGUGGCCGAUGUGAACCGAAGGCGACCGAUGUCCGAGUAUGCGCUGCAUAUGAUUAAGUCCAAUGCGACUGAUGCGGUGCGAUAUAAGGGUGAAAACAUAUUGAACUACGAACUGGACAUGCCCCUCCGUACAACCUACGAGUAUUCCAAUCCAAAGGUGUCGGCAUCCCUGCAGGCGGUCCUAGCGGAAGCCAUGCAAACCGAAGAUGAUAUUGACAUUACCGACCAGUCCAACUAUGCUAGCAUGAUGAAGCAGCGGCUGGACAGAAUUACGCGUCGCAACGCUGCAGCAGAAGGAUCUUCCGGAAGUGGUAGCAGCGCAGGUAUGACCGCUUCCAACGGCAUUGCUCCGAGCAGCAGUAGUAGCAGUAUUGGAGGCGGUGCGUCCGGAGUCGGUGCGAGCCGCGCUCGAUCGUCCAUUUACAACAACCGUGGAAUGUCGGCUGCGCCCACGUUUGGGGCACAUUCCGGGACAACCGCGGCAAAGAAAGCACCGCCGGCCAGUGCAGCAACCUUUCCGAAAGCGCGUGGCUUGAUACCGAAGUAGAUCCAGCGCCAAGGUGAAACUGAAGUACUCAUUUGAUAUUUCUCUGUGAACUGGUUCUCUAUAGUUAUUGUCCUCCUCUCUUAUCAUCAUAACCUCCCCCCGUCAGCACAGCACACACAGACACACAACAAUCAUAUGCUCGCAUCGAUGAUUCAUUGGAAAUUAUUGGAGUUUAAGUUCGAUUAAGGUUUCGGUUGCUUUUUGGGGAUUUCUCCUGCUAUCGAAACAGUUUGGGCUGAAUGGUGAAACGUUCUACCCAGUCAUUGUCCGAUAGCCGAAAUAAUCCCCCUUUUCUCAGCAGCAGUACGAGAUUUGGUUUUCCGGGCGGCUUGAAUGUAGGAAAAGUUUCACACGCGUGCGCUUAACGAAAUUGGCUUGAUAGGCAACAAACAACACAUUAUAUGCAUUACGAAAAAGAUUUGGAAAAGUGAACGGUAUAACUGCUAGUCGGUUGGGAUCGUAAAAUAUUGACUCCGUAAUCAGGACUAGGGUAAGGUGGGUACGAUUUUUCACGGUAGGA